AUGAAUAAAAUUUUCUUUAUUUUUUGUUUAUUUGCCUUUGUUAUAAAUGCAGAAGAAUUUGGAUAUACGGCAUACGAUGGACCAACAUCAUAUAACGAAGCAUGGAAUUCACCGUUAUGUAAAAUUGGAUUACACCAAUCCCCUAUUGAUAUCGAUUCAUCACAUUUUGGUAAUUCGGUCAACAAUCCAACAUCGUUUGUCAACAACCUUCCAGACGGCUAUACAUUGAGAGUGAGAAAUAAUGGGCAUGCAAUCACAUACACUUCAACCGACAAUUCGUUACUUGACUUCAAGUUGGUCAAAAAUGGUAUCGAAUAUAAAUUGGAUAAUUUCCAUUUCCAUACUCCUUCAGAACAUCGCAUCAAUAAUCGUCACUCUGAUUCUGAAGUACAUUUCGUAUUCAAAACUGAUCCUAGCGAAAACGCCGGUAUAGCCGUUGUUGGAUUCUUGUUUAACGUUGAUGUUAUACCAAAAUACCCUUGGGAUUCAAUUUUAGAUCCAUAUCUUGUGCCAGCGAAAAAAAAUGAAGUCGAAACAAUUAUUGGCUUUAAUCUUGGAGAUUUCUUUGGUAAAGCCUUUGACAAUAAAAAUGUAUAUCAAUAUGUUGGAAGUCUAACUACUCCGAAAUGCUCAGAAGGAGUUUUAUGGCACGUGAGCGGAGUCGUUCAACCAAUAUUCUUUAGAGAUUUCUUGAAUUUGCGUAAAGCAAUUGGAUUUAGUGCCCGUCCGGUUCAGCGUUCAGAAUAUGCCGGCCAAUCUGUAGACGGUUGUGGCGAACAUUAA